AUGUAUAAAAUAAAACCCACAUUGUCCGGGAGAAUCGCAUCAUUUUCUUUGGUAGGAUUAGGAUUCAUUUCAAUGGAUUACAUUACAUCAUUCAUUGAUAAUUCAUACAGAAGCAAGUAUUCAGAGCAAUUUUAAUAAAUAUAAGAUGAAUACGAUAUAUCUGAUCCAUUCAAAAUCAAUUAUUUUAGAAAUUUUACUUAUGGAUUUAUGUCAACUAAUUUCAAUUCUUUAUUGCAUGUGAAAUUAAAUCAAUUUUUAGGACAGAGACAAUACUCCCCCAAAUUUAAAUUAGUUAUUAGUCCUCUAGCUCCAAUUCCUUAUUAUCUAUUUGCUGGUCUCUUAGAAAAUAAACCAAUGGGUAUUAUCUUCUCAAAUUUAUUGAAUGAUUUGAAGAUUUUAAUACCGUUUAGGAUAAUUCUGGAUUAUUUAAGAAUAAAUAACUUUUUUUUCUAAAAACCAUAAUCUGGAAGUUCUUUAGUUCCAAAUAAGGCUUUAUUUGUGUGUUAUGUGACAGCAAAGAUGAUGAACUCAUCCUUAUUAAUAUGUAUGUAUGAUAAGAAAAUCAUAUUUUGA